AUGACGGCUGUUACUCAAGCACUGAUGAGUUCCUGGUGUCAAUGGACUGAUAGCACCAGAGUGAGAGCUCGCUUAUCGAUUGAACGUCGUCUGGUGCGCAUCACAACCACCAGGAGGGCUGUUGGCCCCAUUCAUCGAUUUAGAACUUUGCGCAUGAACGCCGCAGCCACGCACGGUGGCGAAGCUGACGACGUUACAGCGAAUGGUUCGUUCGCAGCUUGUCGACACUCUCGGCGUGCUUGA